AAAUUAAUGAUAGCGGUUUAAUAACCAAAACUACUGGAUGAGGCGGAAAGCGAAACCAGAAGAGUAUCACAUAAUAGAAAUGGCGGGGUUAUAUAAGGUUCGCCAGAUUUUCAAAUCCCCAGACCAGGACACGUAUUAUUAAUCAAGCAAUCAAACUUCGUCCCCUUUUAGUUUCUGUCCGUGUUAUUAGACUUAUUUGAAAAUGAAGAACGUAUCCCCUUGGAGUUACGUGCACGUUGAUGUUGUUCAGCCAGUAUGGUAAAAACGGUACACUUUUCUUAUAUUUUAAAAAUUAAAUGGGAUAAUUUUCUGAAAAACAGACUGCGAGGAAAUAUGGGACGUCUGGUCAAGUCACCCAAGUUGUGGCACCUCCUUACACGAUCUAUAUGGGGAAAGACAAAUAUGAAAAUGAAGACCUUAUUAAAUAUGGGUGGCCUGAAGAUAUCUGGUUUCAUGUUGAUAAAUUGUCCUCUGCUCAUGUUUAUUUAAGAUUGCAUAAGGGGCAAACAAUAGAUGAUAUUCCAAAAGAAGUAUUGAUUGACUGUGCACAGCUGGUAAAGAACAACAGUAUACAAGGCUGCAAAACCAACAACAUCAACAUUGUGUAUACACCAUGGACAAACUUGAAAAAAACAGGAGACAUGGAUGUUGGACAGAUAGGAUUUCAUGUACAAAAAGAGGUAAAGAUUACAGCAGUAGAAAAGAAGAUAAAUGAAAUUGUAAACAGGUUGGAAAAGACAAAAGAAGAACGCUUCCCUGAUCUGGCAGCUGAGAAAGAAUGCAGAGACAGAGAAGAGAGAAAUGAGAAAAAAGCCCAAAUUCAAGAGAUGAAACGAAAAGAAAAAGAAGAAAUGAAGAGAAAGAAAGAACUGGAAGAAUUAAGAAGUUAUUCAUCUCUUAUGAAAUCAGACAACAUGACUACAAACGAGGAUGGGAAUGACUCUGAUGAUUUCAUGUAGAAAAAGAAGAAAAGCAUAAUGAAUGGACUUAAGCACUUGUCUAUGUAAUACUGUUGAGAAAUCUUUUUAAAAUAAUAAAAAUCAUCAGCCAAUGAUGUAUAUAGUCUUUCAGCAUGUUGGGGGAUAGCAGGGCAUUGGCACAUUACUGCUUUGACAAAAAAGUAUUUUUGAAUUAUGUUACUUUAGAGCAGUUGAUCCAUACUCAAGUUCGUUCCUGGUGUAAAUUAUAUCUACAAGGACUAUGUUUGUGUGCCAUGGAAAUCUAUAUUGAUGCACAUUUUACUUUACCCUUGGUUUAAGAGAGCAUAGCCACAAGCCUUAAAUUGAUGGUGUUUUUUGUUAAAUAUAAGUGAUCCAUGGAUGGUGUGCUUAAUAAAACUGGUUAGUGUUCCCUUCAAGUUAAACUGUUAAUUAUUGUGGGUUAAACCUGUUAUUUAAAUUGUCAAUCGCAUAAAACCCAUUUGUUCCAUUUUUGAUCAGGAUUAUAAAGGAUAUGUUUAUCCCAUUUAAUAUAUUGUGCAAACAGUGCAUUCCUAAAAUGAUACUGAGUUUUCAAGUUUUCCAUCCAGUUAUUUUCAUUAAAUAAGGUUAUAUAUUUAAAUGUAAAAUUAAAAAUAUAUUUCAACAUC